UUUUAGAGUGCCCCUUCUAUUUCCGGUAUAAACAAAAAAUAAAAAUCACGUUUUCGUUCAUGUUACUGUUCACUAAUAUUCAGAUUAUUCUACUUUAUAGUUUCGUGUUGAUAUGGUUCAUACCGAAAUAUCAUAGUUGUGAAUCUACAGAAGACACACAUCACUGUGUCAAACCAAAAAUUGGUGCAGAAGGUUGUGAGGGGCCAGAUAUGCAAGGUCCCACAAUGGCUCUGGUGCCAUAUAACAAAAACAACGAUGUGCUAUCUAUAUUUAAUCAGCCCGAGAGGGAAUUCAAUUUUGCUGGCCAAAAACUUAAAAUAUCACAAGACUGGAAUAAGCUGGGAGUCGCAGCAGUCGUUUGGGACGCUGCCAUUGUUCUCUGUGAAUACUUAGAAGCUGGAAACGUAGACCUUGAUAAGAAGAACGUCAUUGAACUGGGAGCGGGUUCUGGAAUCGUUGGAAUUGUUUCAACAUUGCUUGGGGCCCAUACAACUAUAACUGACCUGGAGAAAGCAAUUCCAUAUUUGACAGAGGUUGUGAACACCAAUUUACCAAAACGUUUUGAGGGACAGUUCACAGUGCAAGCCCUAGACUGGAGAGAGAAUUUGGAAUCUCGUACAAAAACUUAUGAUGUGAUCCUUGGGGCUGAUAUCAUAUACAUUGAGGAGACAUUUCCAGAUUUAUUGAAGACUAUUGAACACUUGAGUGAUGAAAACACUUUGGUUUACAUCUCUUGUAGAAUACGAUACACAAGAGAUUCAAACUUCCUACAAAUGUUGUCAGAAGUUUUUGACUUGAAAAAAGUUCAUGUAGACCGUUCAAGAGAUAUUACUAUUUACAAGGGGAAAAAGAAGACAAAGUAAUCUUAUUUAGGUUUUACAAUUACAGAAUGAAACAUUAAAUGCAAAUAAUAUUCAAUAAAAUGAUAUACAGUUGUAUAUAUAUUUUGUAUAUUUUUAGAGAUCUAUAUAAACUUGUUUUCAAUUUGUGU